UGAUUUUAUAUAUUAAAGGAUAUGGGCCAAGCCCAGAAACAUUACAAUAAAAGCCCAUACUAAAACUAAACCCAAUAAACCAACUGGGCCCAUAACCUUCCGGCCCAACUUGAGAAACCCUAAUCUCCCACCAGGAGAGAGAGCAGCCGCGUCGAAUGAACAGCUUUUCCAAAGCAAGGACACGUGUUGCCAUCCUCGACAACGAGGGGCACGUGUCACACGGACGACUCAUCUCCACCACCUCUCAUCUUCGCCGGAGAUCCAGCCUUCGGAUCUCUCGGCCAAAACGGAGCACCGCAGCUCCGCCAAACCUCACCUCAAACAUCUUUGGGCCUCUUAAACCGGAGAGCAUCGAUCGCCAUGGCAAGAGCUCCCCCAACACAGUUCACCGCAACCACCCAAAGAAACAAACGCAUGCAACUUGAACCGAUUCCACCGGAGAGCCUCACUCCCUCCGGCCAUAACACAAACAAACCUAAACCUAAGCGAUGAGAAAAAAAUAAACUAAAAGGACGAAACCCUAAAGGACUAGGGGACGAGAUCCGGCGACGCGAAGCUGUGAAAGCCUUCACCCCCCGGGGACUAGAGCCGACGACGACGGAACUAAGGAAGCUUCCCCGCCGCGGAUGCAAAGUCCGGCGAUGACGGAUCUAUGAGAGCCUCCGUCUCCCGGAAACCGAAAAACUCAACUUAACUAUCCCCUCCUUCCCGCAAACCGCGUCGUGACUCCAGAACCACAACCACGCGAUUGUUGGGUGACCAGAGCUCCGACAGACAGAAAUCGGAGGAGAAGAAGAGGAAACAACGACCGGUGAUUUAUUCUGAAGGAAGAAAAGACUCCGGCGGCGGCACGGACGCUCACGCGCCGACCGACCGCCGGAACCCAAAAAUACUCUCUAACUUUCUCUCGCCUUCUGUAUGACCGUUUACUUGUUUCUUUUCUUAAAACCAUAUAAAUAAAGAAAAUGAAAUUUAGCAAAAGUGCACACAACCUGGUUUCCUUUCCGUCCUGGGAUUAUCUUUCCGAUACACAGGCGUAGUUUAGCACAUACUCAUUUCCGGUACCGAGCGCAAAUUAGCUUCACGUGGCAAGAAAAACAUUCAAAAUUAUCAAAGGAGUAAAUCCCCAAAGUACCCCUGUUCUCUCGUCUGCCUUGAUUGAUUUCAAAAAACGUUUCCUCUUCUUCAUCUUCCUUCUCUGAUCUCCUCUUGUUAACGAUGGAGCAACAAAGAGGAAGCCGGAGCUUUCCGGAGCGCAAGGGACAGAAGAGGAAACUAGAGGAAGGACCACCCGCAGAGGAUCCACAGAUCUCUUCCUCAACCACCACCGACGCAGCCCCUCACGCUGCGCUUCUCAGCGAAGUCGCUGCUCAAGUCUCCGUUCUAAACUCCGCCUUCUCCUGGAAAGAAUCCGAUCGCGCCGCCGCAAAGCGCGCAGCUCAAGUCCUGGCUGAGCUCGCCAAAAACGCAGAUGAUUUAGUGAGCGUGAUUGUCGACGGAGGUGCUGUUCCUGCUCUCACGACGCAUCUACAGCCCCCGCCGUACUGUGAAGGAGACUUAGCUCACAAGCCGUUUGAACAUGAGGUCGAGAAAGGAAGCGCCUUUGCGCUUGGUCUUCUCGCAAUUAAGCCAGAGUAUCAGAACCUGAUAGUAGACAAAGGAGCUUUACCUCAUCUCGUGGAUCUCUUGAAGAGAAGCAAAGAUUCCUCCACUUCUCGAGCCCUUAAUAGUGUUAUUAGAAGAGCGGCUGAUGCCAUUACUAAUCUAGCUCACGAGAACAGCAGCAUCAAGACCCGUGUCAGGCUAGAAGGCGGUAUUCCACCUCUCGUGGAGUUGCUUGAGUAUUCUGAUUCCAAGGUUCAGCGAGCAGCAGCAGGGGCGUUGCGAACGCUUGCGUUUAAAAACGAUGAUAACAAGAACCUGAUAGUUGAAUGCAAUGCUCUUCCCACGCUCAUUCUAAUGCUUGGAUCAGAGGAUGCUGCUAUACAUUACGAAGCGGUUGGAGUUAUAGGCAAUCUAGUUCAUUCGUCUCCGAACAUUAAAAAAGAGGUUAUUUCUUCUGGGGCGUUGCAACCUGUCAUUGGUCUUCUCAGCUCAUGUUGCCCUGAGAGCCAAAGAGAGGCGGCUUUAUUACUUGGACAGUUUGCCUCUACUGAUUCUGAUUGUAAGGUUCACAUUGUUCAAAGGGGUGCUGUUCGUCCUUUGAUUGAAAUGCUUCAGUCAGCGGAUGUUCAGUUGAAGGAGAUGUCGGCCUUUGCACUGGGAAGAUUGGCCCAGGAUUCCCACAACCAAGCCGGUAUUGCUCAUAGUGGUGGUUUAGAACCUUUAUUGAAGCUUCUCAGUUCAAGAAAUGGAUCCUUGCAACACAAUGCUGCCUUUGCUCUUUAUGGCCUUGCCGAUAAUGAGGAUAAUGUGUCGGGUUUUAUCAGGGUGGGAGGUGUCCAAAAGCUACAGGAUGAAGAGUUUAUUGUUCAAGCAACUAAAGAUUGUGUCUCCAAAACAUUGAAGAGGUUGGAGGAGAAGAUUCAUGGAAGAGUUCUAAGGCAUCUGUUGUACCAAAUGCGCAUUUCUGAGAAGUCUAUCCAAAGACGAGUUGCUCUCGCUCUUGCUCAUUUCUGUUCACCGGAAGAUCAGAGAACCGUAUUCAUAGAUGAGAAUGGGUUGGAGUUGCUACUUGGUCUUCUUGGUUCUACAAACACUAAGCAGCAACUCGAUGGCGCUGCAGCAUUGUACAGAUUAGCAAAUAAAUCCAUGGCACUUUCUCCAGUUGAUGCUGCUCCUCCUUCCCCAACACAAAGGGUUUAUCUCGGAGAGCAAUAUGUAAAUAGUGCAACGCUGUCUGAUGUAACUUUUCUAGUCGAAGGAAGGAGAUUCUAUGCACACAGAAUUUGUCUGCUGGCUUCUUCAGAUGCAUUUCGCGCAAUGUUUGAUGGUGGUUACCGAGAAAAAGACGCUAGAGAUAUUGAGAUUCCGAAUAUUAAAUGGGAGGUUUUUGAGUUAAUGAUGAGGUUUAUAUACACUGGAUCAGUCGACAUAACAAUUGAGAUAUCACAAGAUCUUCUGAGAGCAGCGGAUCAGUAUCUCUUGGAGGGUCUGAAGCGACUCUGUGAAUACACAAUUGCUCAGGAUAUAACGUUGGAAAACAUAGGAAGCAUGUACGAUCUCUCAGAAGCAUUCCACGCGAUGUCGCUGAGGCAAGCUUGUAUAUUGUUCAUCCUGGAGCAUUUCGAAAAACUGAGUUCAAUGCAUGGGCAGAACGAGCUGGUGCAGCGAACAAUACCAGAGAUAAGAGAGUACUUCUGUAGAGCUCUAACAAAAUCUACUACAAACCUGCAAAGCCUGAGGUUGUAGAAUGUGGAGGAAGGAGGCUGCACCUAACUAGAGAGGCAAGUAGACAAGGACUAUCUAUAUAUAGAGAGAGCCGCUAUUAGAGUUGGUCUUUAUCAUCCUGUCCUAUCUUGAUUUGUUUUAGUAAUUUUCUGUGCGUUUGGUUCAAUCUUAGCCAUUGUAUUAUAUUAUUAAUCUCUUCUGAUAACAGUCGGUCUUCAAAGAAACCGCCACUUUUGUAUCCAAAACACCAUAUUAUGGUGAAACUUCCAUUAUUCAAUCCACUGUCCAACAA